AUGAUGCAAAAAGAUUUACCAAUUACGUCUGUGUCACUGGAUGUUGCUCUUCGACAAAAACAACCGAUUUUACGUGAAUGUAAAAUCUGCGGGGCCUGCGCAAAGUAUUCUUAUUACGGCGCAAUUGUUUGCCUUUCGUGUAAAGUCUUCUUUCGACGAAAUAUUACUGAAGACCUGAUCAAACGAAGGUGCGAUUAUGAAAAUCAAUGCGAAAUCAAUAUUAGUAAUCGCCGUCUCUGUUCAGCUUGUCGAUUGGCGAAGUGUUUUGCUGUUGGCAUGAGUAAAGAUAUGAUUCGGGAUCGUCAACCGUCCAAUCACGGGAAAAAUCAAAAACGAUUCCUCAACGUACCAAAUUCGGCCACUCUUAUUCGUUAUAAACAAAUUCCAGCCUUAAAUCCUCUUUCAUUCAACCAAUCCACCUUAUCUCGUGAGCAAUGGAUUCUUCUUUCGAAUUUAACUCGCAAUUUUGACGAACACAGUGGUCAUUCCGACAUUCAACGCUUCGUUCGUGAACAAAAUCUUUUACCAGUCAAAUUCCGAUACCGAUACUCCGCAGUCAGCGAUUUUUUUCUUUUGACCAUGACCAACAUACAGAAUGUCUUCGAAAAGAACCGCGAUUAUCUCUCUCUACCUCACAACGAUCGUUUGACACUAACCCAAACAACCGCGAAAUUCACCACCAGCAUCGGCGGAAUGUUUCUCGUCAGUCAAAGGCAUCUAUAUAAUCACUCCUCAUUCUAUAGAUCGGCUGAAUGCGUUUUUCGACCAGAAUCCGUCGCGACAACCAAACGCAUCAUCGAUCAAUUCGAUCCCGACUGUACAUUUAUGAAACUAAUCCUUGCAACCAUUGCUUUUACCACAACAAACUACACAAUUUACAGCGAAUCCGCACCGAAGUUGAUCAACGUGAAAGCGAUCUUACCUACGCAGAAUAUGUACAUCGAAAUCGUUUGGCGAUAUCUUCUAUAUAGAUAUAACCAUAAGGAAGCGGUCGUUCGACUUAUGAAUGUAGUCCAGUGUAUGUUAUUGGUGAAUAAUGCCAUUGUCGAAGCACACGAUUCAAGACAAUUCAUUGAAAUUGUCGAUAUUGUGGUUGAACAAACUCAACAGAAGUUUCGUAUUUAA